AUGCCUUUUGGCGAGUCCACGCCCUUCAUCCUUAUCGCGCGCUGCCACGUCAAGCAGGACUGCUUAGCUGCCACUCGCCCUCCGCCGGACGCACAGGUGGCCGACAAGGCCGUCAAGGAGAGCGAGCCCGGCAUGCUACACCAUACCUUUGACCAGGACCCGACCGACCCGCUCGCCUUCACGUGGUCCGAGGUGUAUAAGGACGACGCCUCGCUCCUCUGCCACCUCACCAACCCUCCGCUGGUGAAGUUUGUGGAGCAGCACGGCGAGAUGGGCGACGACUUUUCUGUCGAAAUUUACGGCACGAUCGCGCCGGCGACCAAGGAGGCGUGCAACGCGCUCCCCUUCCCGGUCAAGUACUUCGACACCAAGUUCGGCUACUCGCGCGUGGCGUGAGACCUAUACGAUUGUAGAACUAGGAUUCGCGAUGGCACCGCGUCGCGUCUGCGGGCGUGUCACUGCUCCGCGCGGAGGAGAGAGAGAGAGAGAGUACUCCUGAGGAGAGAGCUCGACAUCAGAGGCCGAUCUCUCAACAACAACUAGAGUUGUGUGUGGUCCUGAUGUGUUCAAAAUCUCUCUC